CGAAUAUUUUGAGAUGGAGCAACAGAACAGCUUGUCCUAAAUAGCAAUUACACAUGUCUCUUUUGUUUCAAAUUUUUAUGUAAUUUCUGUUCAGAAUAGAAGGAAGAUAAGGGGUUUAGGAAUUGGCUUUGUUUGUUAUUUCUUUGCCCAAGCAACAGUUGCCUUCUCCUAAACUCUACAGAGGUUUUAUAAUCUGAAUUCAAGCAUCGAAACACAUUCCUAUUGCUAUAUUCAGGUAUUACAUUUGUAAAAUAAGAAUUUGUAAAUGGAUAAGCUGCGUAGACCUGAAAUUCGUCAACAGACGACCCAGCAGAUGUAUGGUGUUCCGGAAAACAUUUUGGAGAUUGAAGUUGUAAACCCUCAAAACCAUGGUAUUGGAAGAGGCAUGUUUACUACCUUUGAAAUUCAGUGUCGGACAAAUAUGCCGUACUUUCGCUUGAGAUAUUCCAGUGUUCGUCGUCGUUAUAGUGAAUUUGAAAAGUUUCGCGACAUGCUAGAACAUGAGAUUGGACGUGUGUCCAUACCUCCCUUGCCAGGAAAAGUCUUUACAAAUCGCUUCCGUGAAGAUGUAAUAGAGGAACGCAGACAGGGCCUCGAGAUAUUUUUAAGAGCUGUCGCUGGUCAUCCACUUAUUCAAACACAUUCUCGUAUACUUUCUUCAUUCCUUCAGAACCAAGAAUUUCAUCCUGCCAUUUAGUCUGCUCAAGAACCUGUUCCCCGGACUUUCCUUGCUACAAGUACGAUAAACCACAUAUUCAUAAAGCGAAUCUCAUUACUUAAAAUUUGCUGAAAUUAUU